AUGGGAUGUAUUUGCUCACAAUAAAGACGAUUUAAUUCAAGAGAACAAACCUUGAUUCUCGAAUCAUUAACAGAUAUCAAAGAUGAUGAUGAUAUAAUGAUUAUGUAAAUAAAACUAAUAUAGCCAAAAUUUAUCUAUUAACAAGUACUAACUUAAAUUCAUUUUAUAUAAUAGUUAAACAAAGAAAAGUCGUUAAAGAUUUCAACUCGUUUUCUCGGCUCUAAGACCCCUUCUGAAGAUGGGGCUCAUCUGAAUCCAAAAAGAAAACUUAAAGGAAUCUUAAAACAACAAUAAAAAUUUCCAAAAAAAAGGCCUUAUUCUUUUGAUUAGGCUAAAAGUGUUCGGUUUAACCUUAUUCAGUAAGGUUAAGAGGUUUCGGGAUAGAAUUUGGUAAAAUUGUCAAAAUUGGUUAACUAAAGAACUAUAUAUAAUGAAUGA